AUGGCGCAGCUCGAGGCGGCCCUUCAACAAUGGGCUAUCCUCCUAGCCCUGACCGCUUUUUCCCUCUCCCUCGUCGUCCUCGGACAACUCCUCACCACCCACGCCACUGCCUACCUCGCUGCGCCCCGUGAAGUCGCCCUCCUCCUCGAAACCCUUGACGCGACGGUGGAGGAGAACGAGAGCUACGACCGCCAUUUGACGAAGGUGCCUCGCCUCGAAGACAAGGUGCGCUUGAGCAACCUACUGCGCGACAUCCAGCGGGGCGGCGACGACCUGCGCGAAGCUCUCCACUCGUUCCUUGUUCUCACCGAUACGACCAAGAAAUUGACGUUCCCCGCGAGAGCAUUAUGGGCCGUCACACGCAAAGACCUGGAGGAGCGCAUGCGGAGGCUGGACAUGAUGCGCAUGCGUUUCCUCGUCGUCUACCUCGGGCUCGUAGCAGAGCGGGCCACUACGGCGGCAGACAAGCAACAGCAACAGGCGACGCCGCCGCACCUGUCUUCCAAGGACGCCAGGGAAAAGGAAAAGGAUCGUAUGGACAGGAUGGGAAUGGCGGCCCCGGCCGCUUCGCAGAUCCCCGAGACCCCGAGCCCGGCGCCGACCCCGGCCAUGUUGUCGCGGUCCAUGACGGACGAGAUCAAGCAGAAGCCGCCGCUGCGGAGGCUGACGACGCAAGCUAUUGGCUACUCCUCCGGUACGAGACCCGGCCAUCGCGCGGGCUGGGCGGGAGUGGUGGACGAGCUGCAAAAGAGCCCCAAACUGAAGGCGAGGCAUGCCUCGAUUGAGAGGUCUAUCGAUCAGGAGUUGGCAUUGAGCCGACUUCCUUAG